AUGGUAGCAUCCGACAACGCUAGAGAAGACAUCGCAAGCAGCCCAAACAUGGCUACCGACCCGAACACUGAACCGCGGCAAAAUGCCGGGCCUGACAAGGUUGAGCGCGUCAUGUCCGCCGACGAGGUCGAGUUCGCCAAGGACCAUCAGAACUUCUCCAAGGUCGACAAGGAGCUCGCUCAGUAUGUCUCAGACGUUCGCAUCGACAUCUCACCGGAGAAGAACGCCCAACUACUCAGGAUGAUCGACAAGCGGGUUCUCUCGGUCAUGGUUGCGACUUAUUUCCUCCAGGCCAUUGACAAAGGCACCCUGAGUUUCGCUUCCAUCAUGGGCAUCCGCGAAGACACCAACUUGACCGGCCAGGAUUACUCAUGGCUGACCACUUGCAUUUACAUCACGAUCCUGAUCGUCGAGUACCCUCAGAACUGGACCAUCGCUCGGGUUCCCAUCGCCAAGUACCUCAGCUUCAGUAUUGUAGCCUGGGGUGUAGUGCUCGCCUGCACAGCGGCUUGUCACAACUUCACUGGCCUUGUCAUUGUCCGCACACUGCUCGGUCUGUUCGAGUCCGCCUGCCAGCCCGCCUUUGUCGUGCUGUCUUCUAUAUGGUACCGAAGAGAGGAGCAAGCUGCCCGCGUUACCUAUUGGUACAUGAUGAACGGAGCGCAGCAGAUUGUUGGCGGUCUCCUCGCCUAUUGCUUCUCCCUCAUAACUUCCGGCCCCCUCAAGUCGUGGCAGUGGCUGUUCAUGAUCUAUGGCAUCAUCUCCGUCAUCUUCGGCAUCUUUGUUGGAUGGUAUAUGCCUGACAGCCCUAUGCGCGCCAAAUGCUUCUCAGAAGAAGACAAGCAUCUCCUUGUCGAGCGCGUGAGGGACAACCAGACUGGUGUUCAGAACCGCGUCUUCAAGAUGGACCAACUCUUGGAAGCCUUGACUGACCCACAAGUCUGGGGGUACUCGGCUAUCGCCCUCACCACCACACUGCCCACCUCUGGCCUCGGCGCAUUCCAGGGCAUCAUCAUCAAGAGCUUUGGCUUCUCCACGCUGCAGACUCAACUCCUGGCCAUGGUGUUGGGCUUCUACAUUAUAAUCAUCCUACUUGGGUCACUGUGGAUCGUCAAGAAGACCGGGCAGAACUUGCUUGUCAUGUUGGGAUUCGUUCUACCAUGCUUCGCAGGCACCAUAUGCUUGAUGAUCGUCCCCCUGGAAACCUUCUCCCAGCACGUUGGGCUGCUGAUCUGCUACUACAUCACGUUCUCUUUCUGGAGUGCCCAAACAUUGUCACUGUCGAUGAUUUCUCGGAACGUAGCCGGGCAGACCAAGAAGUCGGUUGCAAUUGCCCUCAAUUUUAUCAUUUGGGCUACUGGAAAUGCCAUCGGUCCUCAAGUCUUUUUGGCUUGGGACGGCCCUCGCUACUUUAUUGCCUUUGCCACUCAUCUCGGUUGCUACGGUCUGCUAGUUGUUGACAUCAUCCUUUUGCGUUGGUACCUGACCGCGCAGAACAAGAAGCGUGACCGGCUGGCCGCCGAGGGUGUUCAGGAGGCACACGAUGAGGCAUUUGUGCAUGCCUUCGAGGACAUAACGGACAAGAAGAACCCCAACUUUAGAUACGUCUACUAG